AUGGCUGGAUGGCCUCCUUGGCCUUGGCCUUGCCACUCGGCCCAGCCACUACAGCUGGGAACUCAGGACGCCAUGGGGACAGGAGCCCUCCCCGAUCACGUGUUGGACGUGGCCAGUAACAUGAUGGCGGUGGAGGAACAUGUUCUCUGGAUGGCUCAGAACGAGGCUCGAGCUUGUUCACGGAUCGUCCAGUGUGUGGAGCGGAUCGCAGACCUCGCGCUCAGUGCAAACACCAACGGCAUCUCAAAGGUUUCGGCUAACAUCGCUCUGGAGGCGCUGGCGCUCCGGCCUGACGCUCUCAUGGGUUUAUUGUGUACGGUGAUGCAGCGGGCUCCUCUGCUGCCCCCGGUGGCCAAUGCGGGUCACAGCAGCGCCGCAUCCGAGCACAACACCCUCCUCAACUUCACAUGCCACACGGUUAACAUCUCCGGGUCACCCAUGGGUCAGAUAAACCAGGUGAGGCUCGUCACAAACCGUCCGAUGUGUCCAAAAACCAUUCCACCACAUAUUCUCAGCUUUUUACUUGGAUUAAAAUAA